AUGAUAUACCAAAGACUGGCGGCAUUCGCAGCCGCCGCAGGCUGCGGAUUAGUCUUCGCGCAAGAUCUUGUUGCUGAUUCCGGUCGAGCUGGCCCACCCCUAGAGCUACUACAUCUCUAUAAUGAUCAGUGGCCUACCGGUAUUGCCGUAUCAUCGACUGGUCGGAAAUUCUCUAACUAUCCCGGUGGACUUGACCCGAACAACACCAACAAUGGAAAUAACGGCAAGUAUACUGUUGCCGAAUUGUUUGGUAACAGCAUCGAGACGCCAUAUCCAAACGUGGAAAUCAACAGCCCACCCGGUGGAGCAAUCAACUUUACUACAACUCCUCCGACUGGCGCCAACUAUCAAGAUCACCUAAUCGGUGUGCAAAGCGUCGUCAUCGAUAGCGCCGACCGCCUAUGGAUUCUCGAUACUGGGAGAGUACAGACGCCCGAGGGUGUCCUUGUCCCCGCCAGCGUUGGCGGCCCAAAAUUGGUUGGUGUUGAUCUGGCUACUAACUCAGUCUUUAAGACCAUAGUCUUCCCAAACACUGUGGCAUACCCUGAUAGUUACUUGAACGAUGUGCGAUUUGACCUUAACCCUAGCCUGACCAGUAACGGACAAGGUGUUGCAUAUGUCACAGACUCGUCGGUUGAGGGUCGCACUGGCCUCAUUGUUGUUGAUCUCGGCAGCGGCGAAUCAUGGCGACACCUUGACGGCAGCCCAUACGUCCAGGGCGAUCGCCAAUUCCUCGCAUUUGUCUGGGGCCGAGAACUGUAUUCGUACCAGCCAGGUAAACCGGCGACAUUUUUGACAUUCGGCGUCGACGGCAUAGCGAUUAGCGCAGACGGCAACAAGCUGUAUUUUGGGGGUGUCGGGAAUAGAUACCUCUACAGCAUACCCACAGAGAGACUUCGCGACAACUCAGCGACAUCUGAGGUGCGGGCACAAGGUGCUGUCGUGACUGAGAGCCAAAAGGGGCUUUCUGACGGCUUCGAGACGGACACCAACGGCUUCAUCUAUCAUGGAAACUUUGAGCAAAACGCAAUCAACUUUUUCAACCCGGCAAACGGAACGGAUCGGGUUUUCCUACGUGAUCCUAGAAUUAACUGGGCUGAUACUUUUUCUAUCGCGACGGAUGGGUAUCUCUACUUCACCAACAAUCAGCUUGCUUUUGGUCCGGCUAUCUAUCCAGGCACAGAUCUGCGAAAGCGUCCAUUCUCUUUGUUCAGGGCAAAGCUACCCACUGGCGGUUCCAAAGUUGUCGGAUCAUCUAACAGCACCGACCUGCUCCGUAACUAA